AUGACCAAUUUUUCUGAUAUCUACUUUGAUUGCUUCUCUCAUUUAUCUUAUCUUUCUUAUUUCCCUUACUUUUUUGUUCUUAUUUUAUCCAUAACUCUUCCCAGUUGCUUUUUCUUAUACAAUAAAUUUUUCUUUGCCAAAAAAAAUUUACCGCCGUCAUCAUUGAAAAGAGAAAUAAAAGAGGAAAAUGAUGAUGACAUAUCUUCAUCCGGUGGUUUCGUCGCAUUAAUUCGUAAACUUCAUACUAAACAAGGUCCCGUUGUUUCAUUAAAACUUCCUUUAGAGAAUACUAUUUCAGUAGUUGAUACUACAAUAAUCAAAGAAUCGUUACAAAAUGGUGAUAGACCAAAAGAUUUAUUUAAAUUUUUGGAACCAUUAGCUGGAAAAGAUAAUCUUCAAAUUUUUGAUAAUGAGAGAUCUCAAAGAUUUAGGAAAUUGACAGGAUCCGCAUUUGGGCAUCAAAUUAUGUUGGAAAAAUUUGAAGGAAUUCGAAAUAUUGCAAUCGAUUUAAUCAAUAGAUGGGAAAAAAUUAUCAAUACUCAAGAAAAUGCCAUAAUUAAGAUGCAACAAGAAUGUUUUGAAUAUUCUUUAAGGAUUACUGCAUAUAUUAUUAGUAACGUCCAACUUCAAGAUUUGGAUUUUCAAAAAUUUCGAAAAGCUUAUGAUACCGUCUUAAGUAAUGUAUAUGACAGACAAUUUGGAAUUAUCAGUGAUCAAGAUGAUGAAGAUUUUCAAAGUGAAUUUGAUUUUUAUGGAAAUACUUUGGAAAAGUUAAUUAAUACAAAAAAGAAUGUAAUCAAAAGUAGAGAGGAUAAUGAAAAUAUUAUUAAAGAUUUUCUUGAUAUUUUGAUUAGUGAAAAUAAUCCUGAUACAGGAGAACCUUUUAGUUCUGAAACGAUUAAAAGUUUUUUCGGUGGUUAUUUGACCGCUGGAUAUCACACUAUAGGAGUUGCUAUCCCUUUUACACUAUUUUCUUUAACCCAAUAUCCAGAUAUUCAAAAGAAACUUCAUAAGGAAAUUGAUAAAGUGUUAGAAGGACGUUUACCUACUUUUGAUGAUUUGUCCAAGAUGAAUUACCUUACUCAAGUUAUAAAAGAAUCGUUAAGACUACAUCCACCUGGAUUAUUUUGUGCUCGUUUAUUCGAAUCAUCUAAAUCAUUCAAAUUAUCAUCAGGCGAAGAACUUAAUAUUAAUUCAGGAACCACGAUUCUCUAUCCUAUUCCAUUAUAUCAUGAAAAUCCUGAAUAUUUUGAUGAUCCUUUUACUUUUAAUCCUUCCCGUUUUGCUCCUGAAAAUAUUAAUAAAAUUAAACAAAAUGCCUGGUGUCCAUUUGGAUUUGGAGCACGUAUUUGUCCAGCCGUUAAAAUAUCCAUGAUGGAUGCUAAAAUGCUAUUAUCUUUAAUUCUACAAAAAUUCACAGUGGAAUUGGCUAUGAAAGUUGAAGAUGUGAUUAAGGAAGAAAGAUUUGUUAAUACGUCCAAAAAUGAUAUUUUGGAGGGGAUGUGA